ACAAUCUGAGGGAGGGGCCGCUACGUCGCACAGCAAACAAGCCCCGCGACGUUUCCAGGACCCGGAUAAUCCCGCCCCCAGAGGAGAGCCGGAAGAAGGCGGGACGAACCGGAAGAGGGUGAAAUGCUUUCGGUAGGAACUCCACGGCUGUGAAGAUGGCGGCGGCUGCGUGGCUUCAGGUGUUACCUGUCGUUCUUCUGCUUCUGGGAGCUCAGCCGUCACCACUGUCGCUUUUCAGUGCGGGACCGGCACCCGUAGCUGCUGCCGACCGGUCCAAGUGGCACAUUCCGAUACCGUCGGGUAAAAAUUAUUUUAGUUUUGGAAAGAUCCUCUUCAGAAAUACUACUAUCUUCCUGAAGUUUGAUGGAGAACCUUGUGACCUAUCUUUGAAUAUAACCUGGUAUCUGAAAAGUGCUGAUUGUUACAAUGAAAUCUACAACUUCAAGGCAGAAGAAGUAGAGAUGUAUUUGGAAAAACUUAAGGAAAAAAGAGGCUUGUCUGGGAGAUAUCAGACGUCAUCAAAAUUGUUCCAGAACUGCAGUGAACUCUUUAAAACACAGAGCUUUUCUGGAGAUUUUAUGCAUCGACUGCCUCUUUUAGGAGAAAAACAGGAGGCUAAGGAGAAUGGAACAAACCUUACCUUUAUUGGAGACAAAACUGCAAUGCAUGAACCAUUGCAAACCUGGCAAGAUGCACCAUACAUUUUUAUUGUACAUAUUGGCAUUUCAUCCUCAAAGGAAUCAUCAAAAGAAAAUUCACUGAGUAAUCUUUUUACCAUGACUGUUGAAGUGAAGGGUCCCUAUGAAUACCUCACGCUUGAAGACUAUCCCUUGAUGAUUUUUUUCAUGGUGAUGUGUAUUGUAUAUGUCCUGUUUGGUGUUCUAUGGCUGGCAUGGUCUGCCUGCUACUGGAGAGAUCUCCUGAGAAUUCAGUUUUGGAUUGGUGCUGUCAUAUUCCUGGGAAUGCUUGAGAAAGCUGUCUUCUAUGCAGAAUUUCAGAAUAUCCGAUACAAAGGAGAAUCUGUCCAGGGUGCUUUGAUCCUUGCAGAGCUGCUUUCAGCAGUGAAACGCUCACUGGCUCGAACCCUGGUCAUCAUAGUCAGUCUGGGAUAUGGCAUCGUCAAACCACGCCUUGGAGUCACUCUUCAUAAGGUUGUAGUAGCAGGAGCCCUCUAUCUUUUGUUCUCUGGCAUGGAAGGGGUCCUCAGAGUUACUGGGUAUUUUUCUUAUCCCUUGACUCUGAUAGUAAACCUGGCCCUCUCAGCAAUUGAUGCCUGUGUUAUUUUAUGGAUAUUUAUUAGCCUGACUCAAACAAUGAAGCUAUUAAAACUUCGGAGGAACAUUGUAAAACUCUCUUUGUAUCGGCAUUUCACCAACACGCUUAUUUUGGCAGUGGCAGCAUCUAUUGUGUUUAUCAUCUGGACAACCAUGAAGUUCAGAAUAGUGACAUGUCAGUCGGACUGGCGGGAGCUGUGGGUAGACGACGCCAUCUGGCGCUUGCUGUUCUCCAUGAUCCUCUUUGUCAUCAUGGUUCUCUGGCGACCAUCUGCAAACAACCAAAGGUUUGCCUUUUCACCAUUGUCUGAGGAAGAGGAGGAAGAUGAACAAAAGGAACCUAUGCUGAAAGAAAGCUUUGAGGGAAUGAAAAUGAGAAGUACCAAACAAGAGCCCAAUGGAAAUAGUAAAGUUAACAAAGCACAGGAAGAUGAUUUGAAGUGGGUAGAAGAGAAUGUUCCUUCUUCUGUGACAGAUGUAGCACUUCCAGCCCUUCUGGAUUCAGAUGAGGAACGAAUGAUCACACACUUUGAAAGGUCCAAAAUGGAGUAAGGAAUGGGAAGAUUUGCAGUUAAAGAUGGCUCCUAUCAGGGAAGAGAUCAGCAUCUGUGUCAGUCUUCUGUACGGCUCCAUGGGAUUAAAGGAAGCAAUGACAUUCUGAUCUGUUCCUUGAUCUUUGGGCAUUGGAGUUGGCAAGAGGUGUCAGAACAAAGAGAACAUCUUACUGAAAACAAGUUCAUAAGAUGAGAAAAAUCUGCAAGCUUCAUAUUUACAACACUGAUGCCCCCUUUCCUCCCAGACUCUGACUGGAUGUUCAUGCAACUUAAAUGUGUUGUUCCUGAACUUUCUGUAAUGUUUCAUUUUUUUAAUCUGACAAACUAAAAAGUUUAACGUCUUCUAAAGGACUGUCAUCAACACCAUAAUAUGUAAUCUCCAGGAGCAACUGCCUGUAAUUUUUAUUUAUUUAGGGAGUUACAUAGGUGAUGGGGGAAAUUGUUAACUACCUUUAAUUUUCCUGGGAAGUCAAGGUUACAUCUCGCAGAGGUUGUUUUGAGAAAAAAGGGCCCUUCUGAGUUAAGGAGCCAUAAUUCUUUGAUCAAAAGAAGAAAGAGAAACUGUUACAGUAUGAUUCAGAUCAUUUAAAAAAGCAAAAUCAAGUGCAAUUUUGUUUACAAAUGGUGUAUAUUAAAGAUUUUUCUAUUUCAGAUGUACUUUAAAGAGAAAUAUUAGCUUAACUCUUUUGACAUCUGCUAUUGUGACACAUCCCAUUGCUGGCAAUGUGGUGCACACUCCGAAACUUUUAACUACUGUUUUGUAAGCCUCCAAGGGUGGCAUUGCAGGGUCCUAGGCAAUGUUUUGCUUGCCUUUAUGCAGAGAGGUGCUCCAAGUGCUGUGAUUGAGCACCAUGCUAGAGGAACUGUAAUGCUUCAGAAGUGGUAGCUUAUACAAAGGAAACAGGUCCUGCUGGCUUAAUUUAAACAGUUGUUGCAUGAAGUAGUGUGGAGGCCCUGGACUGCUGCUCAUUCUUUAGGAUGGACUGUUCUGGUAUCUGGUAUUGGUUUAGAGCCUGUUUAUAAGGGACAUCACAAGGUGAUGGGAUUCAUUUGAAGCACUCUAUUUCUGUUUUAAUGGUUUUAUCCAAUUUUGCCUUCCCAAGAUUUUUGUUCUACAUAAAAAGUUCAUGCCACUUUUUAAUAUAAAAAAAUUUAACAAAA